GACUGAUCAGCAAACGAUAGAAGGAACACGUUUCUCUAGAAGAUUGCGUGUUUGGACAAAUUCGUACCACUCUAGCUACCAAACCAACAGUCAAAUAUCAAUAAAAUAUCAUUGUUAUAUCGUAGGAGAUUAUAGUUGUUCCUUUAAUGGCAGUUGCAGCGAUCUCAACGGUACCAUUUCAAUCUUUAUUAAUUCCACUCCAAACACGAGACAUUUCGCUUCGUUCACAAAAUAGAAGAAGUGGUCUGCAAGCUCAAAAAAGAUCUGCUGUCCGUGGCUUGAUCAUGGCAACUGCUAAGAUCAACACGGAUGAGGAUUUGCUUCGUUCCUCACAGUCAGGAUUCUCAGUGUUUAAUUGGGUCAGGCAAAGGAAGUUGCAAGUGAAAGCAAAUUCAGCAGGUUCAGACAUUGAGGGCACUAGACAACCUCUUAUUGCUCCAGUGGAAACCAAAGAAGUAUUUACUUGGUCGUCUCUCAUUUUACCAUUUCUGUUUCCAGCCUUGGGAGGUCUGUUAUUUGGCUAUGACAUUGGUGCAACUUCAGGCGCUUCUGUGUCAUUACAGUCGGCUGAAUUAAGUGGAACAACGUGGUACAAUCUAUCAUCAAUUCAAGCUGGUCUUGUGGUUAGUGGCUCCCUUUAUGGUGCUUUAUGUGGGUCGAUUAUAGCAUUCAAUGUUGCGGAUUUUUUAGGAAGGCGGAGGGAGCUGAUUGUGGCAUCUGUGUUGUAUCUGCUGGGAGCUUUCACAACAGCAUUGGCACCUGAUCUUCCUGUGCUUAUAGCUGGUCGGCUGUUAUAUGGUCUUGCUAUAGGUUUGGCCAUGCAUUCAGCACCUUUGUACAUCGCAGAGACUGCUCCAUCAACAGUUCGUGGAAGACUAGUAUCUUUAAAGGAACUUUUCAUAGUUUUGGGAAUCCUGCUUGGCUACCUUGUGGGUAAUCUAGAAAUUGAUGUGAUUGGUGGCUGGAGAUAUAUGUAUGGGUCAAGUGCAGGAAUUGCUUUAAUUAUGGGUGUUGGCAUGUGGUGGUUACCCCCAUCCCCACGUUGGCUUCUUCUCCAGGCUGUGCAGGGUAAAGGCAAUCUGCAAGAAUUGAAAGAGAGAGCGAUUUCUGCAUUGAAUAAAUUAAGAGGUCGGACUGCUGCCGAUGUAACCAGUGAUGGAGAAUUAGAAGAAACUUACAAUUCCUUACAAUAUGCACUUCAAGGUCAAGAUCGGGAAGCUAAUUUCUGGGAGAUUUUUCAGGGAAGUAGUUUGAAGGCUUUCACAAUUGGUGGAGGACUGGUCCUUUUUCAGCAGAUAACUGGCCAACCAAGUGUACUGUACUACGCAGCUUCAAUUCUUCAGAGUGCAGGAUUUUCUGCAGCAUCUGAUGCUACUCGUGUUUCUGUAAUUCUUGGCGUUUUCAAGUUGCUGAUGACUGGAUUUUCUGUCUGGAAAGUUGACCAGCUUGGUAGGAGACCUUUACUGAUUGGAGGCAUAAGUGGAAUUACAGUAUCAUUAUUGCUGCUUGCAGCUUAUUACAACUUUCUCAGUGGUGCAUCUAUAGUGGCAGUUCUUGCAUUGUUAUUGUACGUUGGCUCCUAUCAGGUGUCUUUUGGCCCCAUUAGCUGGCUGAUGGUCUCAGAGAUCUUUCCCCUGCGCACAAGAGGUCGUGGAAUAAGUGUUGCAGUUCUUGUGAAUUUUGCCUCAAAUGCUCUUGUUACAUUCUCCUUCUCUCCUUUAAGGGAACUUCUUGGACCAUCACUUCUGUUUGCUUCAUUCGGAAUUAUUUCACUGCUGUCACUAUGGUUUGUCACUUUCUAUGUUCCUGAGACAAAGGGACUGAGCUUGGAAGAAAUAGAAUCACAGAUUUUAAAAUAAAAAUGUUGAUCGACCAGGGCUCAUGGGAUUAUGAAGAUGCAGAAUAGUAAUCUUUCUGUAAAGGGUGCAAUUUAAGGUGGACUUUUUACUGACGCAAGUUAAAGCUAUGACUUUUUGAUCCAAAAUUUUAUUUUUCGAGAGCAUUUUGUAUAAACAUAAUCUACAAUUUGGAGAUGUCUUUAACAUCUGUCUUGUAAUCUCAUGUUUGUAACCUUAACAUAAUUAUGAAAUGUGCUACUCUUGUCCUUAAAGCUAAUGAAAUUGCCUUCCAUUUUUCUUCA